UGCCGCAGCAGUUAAAACGACAGUGUUAAAAUGAAAACAGUGUUGUGAAGCUCAACGACAUCGCGGGACAGGGAAACAAUGUUGUUUAAUUAAGAACGACGCCGGGAGAUCAACAAUCUAGCGGCAAGUACGCGGUGACGAGGGUGAAACAACAAUGUUGUUUUAAUCGAUGGCGGUAUCGGGAUUCGAACCAUGGUACAAAGUUGAUGUGUGUGCACGUGACUUUUACGCAAAGCAGAAAGAGGAGAUCAAGGCAGUUGAGACACGUGGGAUUUCAGGACGGAGCAGUUGAGGAAGCGGUUCCACCUAGCGUGAAGACUACGCAAGUGAUUUCAAAUAAAAGCAGCGGAGCAAGGAGAGAGAAAGGACAACCAAAUCAACACAGAACAACUCUGUCAAAACUUUAUCCUUUUUCUCUGUAACUCCUUCGCGGAGCUCUCCUUCCAGGAAGGAUCUCCAUAGUUGUAGUGUUAGUCGUAGUCGCGGAGCUCUCCACAGGAAUCUCCAUAGGAGUAGCGGUAGCGUAGAUUCCUCAAAACUCAAACACCCUCGUUCGAACGUAGUUUGGAGAGGUGCGAACCGUAGUAACGGUCGCGUUGGUUAGAAGUCAGAGGUGCAUCGAUCAAAUCAACGGCGCCGACAUUCGGCGGCGGAUAUUUGACGGUCACGUUGAUUUCACCAUUUAGAGGUGCAUCGAUCAAAUCAACGGCGCCGACAUUCGGCGGCGGAUAUUUGACGGUCGUCUCGAUUUCAGUAAUCAGCGGUGCAUUCGAUCAAACGGCACCGCAAGAGUUUCCACCGCGAAACAUCAAAUCAACAUCGCCGGAAACGAAUUCGGCACCGGCGGUGGCAUUUGGUUUUCCCGAGGAAACAUUUUGGCACACCUGGUGGGACACGUGUGUUUGACAUGGCUCUGCGACGAGGAAAAGAAGAUUGUGGUCUUCGACAAGGAUCCAUGACGGAGGCUCAAAUGGUCAAUAUCGAGAUUGACGAUGCUGUUGGCGGUUCAAGCAACAACGCUGGAGCAAAGGUGCAAUCAAUGGCACGAAUCUCCGAUCAGGGUGAGAUGCUGCUCAUACCCCGCCAAGUAGUGGCUGAACUCAACAGAGAUAGCCAACAGGUAAAUAUCAUUCUAACUUCUCUUGAUAAAAAAAUGGAUAAUCUUGAAAAAAACAUAGAUCAAUGGUUUGAUAAGUUGGACGACUCUGUUUCUAAUUUUAAUAUGUCAAUACGUGGAGCCACGUAUGAUUUUGAUGUGUUUAAAUCUCGAACCAUGUCCACAACAUUGUUGCUAGAAGUGAGUGAAUCCAAUGUGUUCUUUCCUGUGAACAACGUUGUUCUAAAGGACACACCAAUUGGAAGUGGCUUGCAGAAGCCACUACAAAGAAGUCAGUAUCGACUUACUUCUAAUAAGAUUGAAAACAAGAACCAGGGUCGAGAACCUGGUUACAAUCACGUCGAGCAUAGCAAGCUCACGUAUGAUGGGUUACCCAAGCAACAUCGCAAUGGUGUUCAAUCUAAGCCGAUAGGGGGGCAUAAGAUCCCACCGCAUGGUCGGUUGAUGGAAAAACAACAUCGCGAGUGGCAAAUAAGUUUGCCAAAUAUGUCCUAUUCUAGGAAAAUUCAAACAAGGAUGGCAGCAAAAACUUUGCAGUGUGGGGGUGGCAGCCACGUGAAAAAACCCAAUGCCACCAAAGUUGUCAUGAAUCAACAGAAUCCUCUAUGUAAAUUGUCCCCGAAACCUCUACUGAGUAGAGAGGGGGGCAAGUUCGAUCAAACCCGACAUGGGGUUGCCUCACCAGUGCUGGUUGGGAACAAAUCCAUAAGUGGUGGUCUGGGGGGCAAGGCCAAUGCCAAACAAACUCCAAACUCACGUGGAAUUUUAAAAGGGGCAACGUUGUUGUGUGAUAGGUGCGAAAGUCAUGUUCGUGAUAAGCAAAAUACCAACGUACCUGUUGAUGAAAAGUCUCGGCGCUCAUACUACCAACAACAUGGUGAGAGUGCGAAGCUAACAAAACUAGACCAGUCUAGGCAAGCGAUGUCGCAUGGUCGAAUUGGCAAGACAAAGGUGCCAAAAAUCGAGAAUGUCCUGUCUAGAGCCAAGAAUGCUUAUGGUUUUCCAUUCCGCGAAGCUAAGAUUAGGCCAAAUCAGGAUCGUGGAGUUUCGAACAAAGAUGUUCGAGCUAGACGAACUGGGGAUUUGCAAGCCAACAUUGAUUCCAAAACAUCAAAACCAACUCGUGUGAAGCCAGCUGUGAUGAAUCAUGGACUUUACGGAUGGCUUGUUUGGUUUGAUCGAUGGAGUUGGCAGUGGGUGUGGACUUUUGGCAUGAUGGUUUAUGCCAAAGUCUAGUUUGUUUCUUAUUUAACUGUUAUAAAUAACGUGGCUAAAUUAGGCCACCUAAUAUGUUAUAGAUAAAAUAUUAUAUAAUAUGAUCAAGCGGCAUUGCUAAGAAGAAGCAACAAUAUCGUUGGCAAUAGUUCAAAAUAACAAGCGGUGUUGUUCUCUUUUCUCAACAUCGUUGGGAGAUAGGGAAAGAUACACAAUGUUGUUAAAAAAGGAAAAAAAGAAAAAAUUAGCUUUGCCGCUGUUGCAAACAGCCCUAGCGGAAAAAAUAAAAAAUAAAAAAAUAGCUCUGCCGCUGUUUCAAAACAGCUUUGGCGGAAAAGAGGAAAAUAAAAUAAAAAAAAUCUCACCAAAACAACGCUGUUGUGGCAGAAAGAAAGAGAAGAACAGGGCUGUUGUGGUUGAAACCGUGCUGCAGGAGUGCCAUUUUUUUAUUAUUAUUCUAAAUAUAUAAAACAAAGUUGUUUUGGCCUUCAUAACGCUGCAACGUGAAAAUAAAACAGCUGCGUUUUGGUCAAGCUGCCAACAACAUUGUUUAUUCUAAAACAGUGUUGCGCAUACUGCCAUGGUGAUGUUGAGGACGGUGCCGUUUCUGCUAGGCCAAGGUUCUUCGUUGCGAGCUUGGGUUUUGUGUUUACUGGUUGGUGGCGAGAUAUGAUUGGAGAAGAUCCAAGGGUAUUUAUUUUGAUCCUCGUUGGAAGGAAAAAGCACUCAGAAAUAGUAGUGGAAAUUGCAUCGCUGCCGUUAUCCAAAUGGCACGGUCUUGUUGUGGGUCUAAAAACAAGCAACGUUGCAGCUUGCAAUCUUGUUUGGUGCAUAAGAACAGGAAAAGGAAGCGGAGACGUUUGGUUGCAAAACAUGGCAAGGAAGCUGUAACUAAAGGUAAAUCUCGGUUGUGUUUUCUAAAACUUGUUGAAGUUUUGCUUGGGGUUUAAUAAUUGACAAUGAGAACGCCAACAUUUCCAGUUAGUUUUUGCAUGCUUGUUGGUGAGAUUGGCCAAAGGUGGCCAUAAAAUUUCUCGCCAACUUGAUCAUUGAGGCAAGUUAAUUAUCAUUUUAGGUGAAUUGAGUUGUGUCAACAACUUAGUUCAUAAGAAGUAGUUCUUAUAAACUAAGUUGUGGGGGGCAUUGUUUACACCUAAAAUAUUUUUUGCCUAAAUUCAAUGCCGUAAUAAUGAGUCUCGGCAUUUAAUUCGAUACCGUGGGUAAAAAACGGUGUCGUUUGGAGUUGAGCGGCAUCGCGGAGAGUUAAAACGGUACCGCGAAGCAGAAAAACGAUACCGCAAGGAAGCUCACCGGUACCGCAAGGAAGCUCAGCGGUGCCGCGGCACUGGAAACGAUACCGAAAAACAAAAGGGGGCCGCGCGUGUAGUUGGGUUGGAGAAGGGAGUUUUAUAAUUAAUUAUUACCAUUAUUCCUUGUCGGAAGAGAAAAAUCGGUACCGCAUGGAGAAUUAAAACGGUACCGCAAGGAAGCUCACCGGUACCGCAAGGAGGCCUCGACGGUACCGCGGCAUGGGAAACGACACCGCUUAAUGAAAAACAAGAGGGGCCGCGCGUGCAGUUGGAAUUGGAGAAGGAGUUUUCUCUAAUUAAUUAUUAUUUUUAUUCCUUGUUGGAUUGGAAGAAGCGGCACCGAGGGGAGUUAAAACGGUGCCGCGGAGAGCUAAAACGAUGCCGCGGAAUUGAAAACAGUACCGCGAGGGAGCCCAACGGUACCGCAAGCAAACGACAGUGUUUAAAUAAAAAACAAUGUCGCAAAAGGGAAAACAAACGGAGUUGUUGUGAUGCUAGUGAUGUCGUUGGCCAUAGCUAGUGAUGGACGGAUUAAUUAAUUAAUAUUUUAAUGGCUGUUUAGGACGGUGUCGUUUAGUUGAAAACGAUGCCGCAAGAGGAAAGAAACGACACCGCGGAUUAUAAAUCAAUACCGCAAGUAGGCCAAACGAUGCCGCAGCAGUUAAAACGACAGUGUUAAAAUGAAAACAGUGUUGUGAA